AUGUCCGAUCCACUCUCCGUCUCAGCCAGCAUCGCUGGUUUGAUCUCUUUGGCCGACCUGACGUUCAAGCUGGUCUACAAAUAUGUCAGAGGCGUGAAAGAUGCCAGAAAUGACAUUCAAUCUCUCGCCGACGAGAUCAAUGGCCUUUCUAGUGUAUUACGUACCCUAGAAGCGAUCGCUACAACGCUAGAAUCGGAAGGAGACAAAUUCGAUCCAACGCUCAGGCUGCACUAUCUUAAUCAUUGUCGCCGGACGCUCGACAAGAUCGAGAAGAGGGUCAGGAAGGCUGUCGAUCGGCUCGCCAAAUCUAAGAUCGGCGCGGUUGUUCAGCAGCUCAAAUGGCCAUUCUCGUCCUCGGAGACGCAAGACCUGCUUACGGAGCUGGCCCGCCACAAAGAGACCAUCAUCAUGGCGUUAUCUGCCGACACUAUGCAAAAGUUACAAGUAUCGCUUGCUAAAGUUGAUGAUUUGGGUAAAAGGGUUUCUUCAAUUGAGGAGGCGACGCGACGAAUUGAGAUCAACACCAUUAUCGUUGUAAAGAACGAAGAGCAACGUGUGCUGGAUUAUUUUGUAAAAAUCAGUCCUCAGCCGUAUCUUGAGUUGAGCAUCAAGCUCCGCCAUGCGAUGACUGGGCUUUGGUUGAUGGACUCGCCAGAUUUUAGGGACUGGCUUGAGACCCCGAAGUCUAGGCUAUGGUUAACUGGUAUCCCUGGAGCCGGAAAAACGGUCUUAGCGGGCUCGGUGAUCCAGGAAGCGCUUGAGCGUAGCCACCGUGAAUCAUCAGUCAGCGUUGCAUUUUUCUUCUGCGACUACAAGAACGCUGAUACUUGGGAGCCCGUCAAUAUCCUAGGGGCAAUUGCUGCUCAACUAGCACGUCAGAAAGAGGAGGCCUUUUUGAUUCUCAAGGAUUAUUAUGAAACACUUCAUCCGGCGACGGGGUUCGCCAAAUCGCCUGAUCCCGACGACCUUCGAGCCAAAAUCACUGAAAUAUCAGAACUAUUUGACCAGACCAUCCUUGUACUCGAUGGUCUCGACGAGUGUGGAGAUAACGUUAAUUUCGUCCUUGAUGUUUUACGUGAACUCGGGGAUUACACUGAAACACUUUCAAUAGCCGUCCUCAGUCGAGGUCAUCAAGAGAUUCGACAGGGACUAGGUGAGGAUUAUGAGUCGAUCCUAAUUGAAGCUCAAAUAGAGGAUGUUAAACUUUAUGUCGCGUCUGAGAUCGAAAGGAGAGUUCAAAACCGCCGAUUACGGCUUGCCGAUAUGACGAUGAAGGAGGAAAUAUUAGAGACUCUGACUAUUCGAUCACAGGGGAUGUUCCGGUGGGUCGUUUGUCAAUUGGACUACCUCUGCGAUUGUGCUCAUGAUCAAGAGAGAAGAGAAGCAUUACACAAAUUGCCGCCCAACCUCCCUGAAAGUUAUCGACGGCUUCUAGAGAGAGUCAACAGGUGUUCUCCAGCUGUACAGGCUCUUGUGCAAAUGUGCCUUCAAUUCAUUGCGAUUGAUGAGCCUAAACUGACUAUCACGCAACUACGCCAAGCGGUAUCCACACCAGACAAACUCGGAGACUUCCUCGACGAGUCUAACACAGUUUCAGAAGACGAAAUAGCCUUAAGGUGUAGCAGUCUCAUUCGAAAGUCGGAAGAUGGAUUAUCAUACGAGUUCGCCCACUUCUCCGUCCGAGAGUUUCUUGAGGAUCACGAGGCCCUUACAGCAGACGUCGGAAAACCCAAUAUUAAAAAAUAUAUGGUCUCUAGAACUGGUGCCCGUACACGUUUGGCCACCCAGUGCCUGAGAUUUUUGCAAUUGAAGAACUUUGAAAGAAGACCAGAAGACACGAGCAAGGAAGAGUCCCUCAUAAGGAAGAGAAAUAAGACCUUUUCGUUCUAUCCGUAUGCAGUAAUCAACUGGCUUAGGUUUAUAGCGCCUGUUCAGUCAUAUGACGCCGUCAUCCUCGAACUUUCCCAAUCUCUUUUCAAGCCGCAGAAGACCCCCUGGUUCUGCUCCUGGGCGAUAGGAGCUAUAUAUGAACUACUGAAAGAGUCUUUUGGUUACAUGCAUUUCCCAUAUGACCUUUCUCGUCUCGUCAUCAAGGCAGUCAUGGAUCCAAGUUUCCAACCACUGCACAUGGCUGCGGCUCUAAGUCUCCCUCAAGUCUGCACUUCCAUAUUGAAUCAGGGCGCAGCCGUAAGCGCGCGUUUUCGCCGCGCCAGGCCCAUCGAUCUUGCCAUGGUCACCAUUUUAGGAAUACCAUUUGGUGUUAGAUCAGACCAACCUCAAUUUAUGGAGUUUAUUUCUAGGUAUCCGGAGUUUCUUAAGAAUACAGAGCGACGCAACUCAACGAUCGAGUGUCUUAUCGAAAGGGGCGCGAAGGCCUCAAACCAUGAACUUGAUGAGGGGGAGCUUUCUAUCUUUUCGGUAUGUUGUAUUCUCGUCAUAGAACUGCAAGAUUUCAACGCUGUUCUGAAACUUCUCGAGUCCGGGUUUAUACCCAGCCAAACUGAGGUUGGUAUCUUUGUUGGAAGUGUGGAUCAACUCCUGAUGCGCUGCAAGUCAUCUAAAACACCCCUCAAUCCUAAUAUCGAGUCCUCAACGCUCGAAAUUCUGUACUUCAUCCGAGCGGUAACCUCCGAAGGGGCUGAUUGGAGCUUAAAAAUGAGCUCUACUUUAUGGCACUUCGCCAUCACCUUGAACUUUUCCUAUACACAACUCGAUUUCAUCGUAGAUUCGAGAAUCACCAUGUCUACAGAGACCUUGACUACCAGAACUGUUGCUGCUGUUCGCAAUAAUGAGAUUGGGGUCGCAAAGCAAUGUCUAGCUGACGAUCGAAUCAAUGUGAUGGACUCUUUUGAUAGCGAAGGAAACACAUUAUUACACAUGGCAGUACAACAUGUGGCCCUUGAUGUCCUGGAGCUUUUACUAGAUAUGGGCUGUGACCCAAACAAAGAGAAUUCGGUUGGCAGGUUCGCGAUUCAAAUUUCGGCUUAUGGCGACUUCAGGCCAGUGUUCGAUAUUUUUGGCAAUCGUGGAAUCUCCUUAUUCACCUCGAACUCUGGGGGCUCGAAUAUCUGUCAUUGUUGGGCAGAAGACUAUCGAUGGACACACGACGCAUUAGAUAUUCUCUACAAAAUCGAUCCUCAGGCCACUGCGAAGGCUCUUAUAGAGAGGAAUAGCGGCGGUGACACGCCAUUAUCUCUAUUGUUAAAAGACACCUCUGACCUAUCAAAGCAAAAGCUCUUCCAUUUACUAGAUCUGUGCCCUAGCAUCCCUAAUUUCUGGGAGAAUCAGGAGCGUGUAUUUGGAGACGCAGCGGCCGGGGGCUCAGAAGAGGUGAUCAAUGGCCUUCUUAGGGCCGGCGCCAUACCAGAAGAAGCCGAAUACGGCAGCCUCACUCCGCUGCACAGUAUACCAAGAUCAGCUUCUUUUGAUUGUGUUCAGAUUCUGCUAAGAUACUACAAGCAGGCACGCGAUUACAUCUAUGAAGGGCUUCUACCAGUCGAACGGUAUAUCUUACGCUCUUUAUCGCACAAUGAUAUCCCAGAUCUAGAUAUUGUGGAAGCCCUUUUCCCUCUGAUAUCAAUUGGUAAUAGAGGUGGAGAGGUAGGGUCAUGCUGGGAGUUUAUCUGUGCUGUACAAAGUUCGUUAGCCAAGUUUGAUCAAGAGAUCAGUGACGACGAUUCAGAUAUCACCGAUUCAUACGAAUGGGAUGUGUUCUUUGAAUUGAUUAUCCCGGCUUAUCUCAAGCUUGGUGCCAUGAGGGCUUAUGAGGAACAGAACCGGCAGUCAGGUGUGCUUCCGCUAUUCUCGAGUCUGCUGAAAUAUGAGGACUUGGGAGACGACCCAACUGGAUAUUUGCCUGUGAAGGCCUUGCGCAAUGUGCUCGAUCAAACAAAAUGGUGGGAACCAGCCAAGAUUUCAGAUGCCACGAUUAACUACUUCAAACGUGCAAUCACCGAUGUGAACGUAAAGGUACUGCAGCUACUUCUAGAGCGGGGCGUGGAUAUACAUCAGCGUGUAGGCAAAGAAGGGUCCGCAGUGGAGUAUGCCUUCAAGGCUCACAGGGCUCUCAGGCUAUGCAAAACCGACAAAGGUUCUAAGUUCUUUCAAAAACUUCUCAACCACUCGAACGACCGAAAACUGAGAGAAAACUCACCACAUGGAUCAGGGCUCUCACUUCUGCAUAGGCUUGCAACAAGCGAAGAUGCCACUAGUAUCCUGUGGUUGGUCAAGGCCCUCGUUCAGCGAGGCGUUGAUGUUAAUGGGACAGGGCGAGAUGAGGAAAAGCCUGUCCUCGUCUACCAUGUGUCUAAGGCCUCUUACCAGUGUGCCGAGUUGCUCCUCGACCUCGGAGCCGAUCCCGGCUUUUCUAUUCCCCGUUCGCGCGAUGCCGCGCAAAUGGCAAUCACGGGAGACAAUGUGGUUUUCCUAAAGAAUAUUUUAAAGCGUACUUCUCGAAUGUCAACAACAUUUGAUUGGAAAAGGAAGAUAUCAGUCCUCGCUGGCACUAAGAAGCAUAAUGUGGAUGCUCACAAGGCAAAUGCUUUGCAUUUAGCUUCAGCAAAGGGUGCCGUUGGAUGUCUCAGCUUUUAUCUCGAUGAGGAUUUACUGACUGUUGAAGAAUCGGUAUCAGAAGAAGGUCUCACACCACUACACAUCGACGCUUUUCACGAUUCCGUAGAGAUAACCAAAAUCCUACUUGACCAUGGAGCUGAUAUAUCGGCAGAAGACGACAUCGGCAGAACUCCUCUACAUUUAGCAGUCAUUGCGGACUCUCUACCGAAAGUGAAGUUCCUAGUAGAGCACGGUGCGAAGUUAUCAAUAGAUUCCUCUGGUGACACUCCGUAUCGCUACGCAUAUAAGUUGGGCCAUAAAGACAUUCUAGAGUGGUUAGAUCGGGAUACUGAGAAUGCUGCCCAAAAGCUAGAACGCCAAAUUUGGCCGGAUAGCAACCCUACGAGAUCCCAAGUACAAGAUUUAUUCCAAUACGCCGUUGAGUUAUUCAUCAGUGAAGGAGAUUUGAAUCGCUGCAAGGAGUUAUUUGCUAAACAUCGGGAAUACGAUGAUCCCCUAGCCGAUGUUCGUGGAUCGAAUCUAUUAUUUCUGGCAAUCAAUCAGUCCAAGCUUGAUAUUGCGACCUGGUUUGUCGACCAAGGAGUCAACGUUCUAAAGGCCGAGCGAGAAAGCGCCCUUGGGAUUGGGAUCAGCAUGUUUGAGAAGGUUGUAACGAAGCCUGACUUCGAGUCUCUAGUGCCUAAGUUUCUGGAGGCAUAUUGGUCUCAAGGCGGUAACCUGCUUGUGGACGAUGAUUAUCCUUUUCACCAUGCCCUCUGGAGUGAAAAUAACGAGAAUUUCAAGAUCCUCCUAAAGAGCCUUGUUGAUAGAAUGGCGACGUUUCGAACUAUUGUCAAAUCGGACCUGUCUCCCUCGGAAGCAAUCAAAGCAAUACUAAAUCGCCGGCAUCCCGAUGAUAAUUAUUUAACACCGUUGCACAUUGCUGCUUCUUGUGGCGACAUAGAAAUCGCUUCGCUACUUAUAGAGCACGGCGCUAGCGUUCAUAUCCCCGAUGUUUACGGCGGAUACCCCCUCGAACGGGUAGUUGAUGCUGAUAUGGCAGAAUAUCUCAUUGGCGCGGGGGCACCAACAGCAUGGCUUGCUGAUAUGUCUGAUCUCAAGCUCCUAGUGACUCAACCUAUGAAACCCAAGUUUGAAGAGCUAAUUCAGAUAUUUUUGAAGCAUCGUCCUGACUUAUCUCAGGUGCAAACACUGACUGAAAAAUUACCGGCAUUCUGCAUGAAGAUCGAUCUCAGUCCGUCUAGAAUUAAGAUUAUGUUGCAGCAUGGCAUAGACUUGAUGUCGGAGGAGGAAGGCGGCUGGAGUCUUAUCCAUCAUGCAAUUUGUCGACAAGACUCAUUAGAUUUUGUGCUAGGCCACAACCUGGAUCUUUCUCGAAUUAUUCCGUUUCCGUGGCAUAUGCAGUGGCAGGCCCUUGGGACAAUAGCCUUCCUAAGAACGGGGUUCAAGGAUCUUUCGAGGGCACUACCUCGUGAUCUCCUUCGCAAAAUGUUGAACUUGGAGCCGCAACGUGGACGGAGCCCUCUGUGCGAAGCUGCUUCGCGGGGCCUCGUGGAGAUCAUCGAGAAUUGCCUCUUGGCCGGAGCUGACAUCGACUUCGAAGGCUGUUCAAUUGGAUCGGCGCUUAUGAUAGCAAGUGCUUGCGGGCAUCUCGAAGCCGUGAAGCUUUUGGUAAGCCGCGAUGCUUCAACUAGUUAUGUCGGCGCGAACGGUCCUAGAGACUGUCUUGCCUUGGCUGGGUCUGAUGAGAUCAGAGAGUGGCUUCAGGUGGGGCGCUUUACAGAACUUUCGGUCGCUCAGGAAGAUGGAGAUGGAAACAGUAGCCUUACUACAGACGAACUGGAGGUGAAGCCCUAG